UCUCAGGUGGACAUGGCCUGCUGGGGACACAUUCAAUCCAAUGGCCUGGCCUGGGCCCUGCAACUGACCCUGGCAUGGAUCCUAUUGGAGGCCUGUGGAGGGAGCCACACACUCCAAGCUAGGUCCUGGGGACACCAUGGGCUGGCAACUGAUCUGGACACAGACCAGGUGCACCUGGAAGGAUCUUGUUGUCCCUCAGUGACGGACACGCCCGAGGCAUUGGGCCCUGGGGUUCCUCCAGAGCCGUGUGGGGCACCGAGCACCGGGUGCGAAUUCUUCCUGGGACACCUUCAAGUUGCGCUCCGCAGUCGCUUCCGCACGCUGCUAUUGGGGGUACGCCAGGCGAAGCCGCUCUGCCUGGAGCUCUGUGAGGCCUGGUUUGCCAUCUGUGAAAAUGAUAUGACCUGUGGCUGGACUUGGCUCCCACUCCCAGUUAAAAGGAGCUGUGAACCCAACUGCCGUACCUAUGGGCAGACCUUCGUAGAUGGGACAGAUCUUUGUCGUUCGGUUCUGGGCCACACCACGCCAGUGGCCUCUCCUGGCGCCCGUCACUGCCUCAAUGUUUCCCUCCCGGCUCUGUCACAUCCGAGACCCCGACGGCGUUCCCGCCGCCCUCGCACUUUGAUCCUGGAAGCAGCCGGCAGCGGGAGUGGCAGUGGAAGCGGCAGCGGCCCCUAG